CUCGCUCCUGGCACUGCCCCGUGCGCUGCCACCGAUGGCUUGGCUGUGGCUCCUGGUCCUGCUGGCCCUGGCCGGGCCCGUGGGUGGCACCUGGGACACCUGCGAAGGGACCUGCGGGCUCCGGCCCAUGGCUGCCGACCACAACUCCCUGCUGGAGGCCAAGGUGCGGCUCAUCGAUGUGCAGCUGUGCAACAGCAGCCGGUGGUACGCGGGGGCCGUGCACCCCCACGACCUGUGCGCUGGGUACCCGCGGGGCGGCAUCGACACCUGCCAGGGGGACAGUGGGGGUCCCCUCGUCUGCAAGGACAACAGAGCCGACUACUUCUGGCUGGUGGGAGUGACCAGCUGGGGAAAAGGCUGUGCUGGGGCCAAACGACCUGGAAUCUUCACCUCCACCCAGCAAUUCCACGACUGGAUCCUGCUCCAGAUGGGAUUGCUCCCAGCAGUAACAGUGACCCCAAUGCCAGGGCCAACCACUGCCUCGACUCCUGAGCAGAAUCCAGAGCAAGGGGCCAGCCCGACCCCUACGGGGACACCGAUGCCAACAGAAUCAGGAAAUUCUACAGCCAUUUCACUCCAACAGCAGAUACUGGGGCAAUUCUUUAACCUGCUCCUGGAGCUCCUGGAGUUCCUAAGGGGCAAAAUGGAUUCGUCAGAAGGAUGAGCAGAUCCAGUGCUGGCUGCAGUGGACCGAGACCACGUGGGGCAUCGACUAUGGGGCCAAAGGCUGCCUCAGUGCCCAGGGCUGCUCUGUCCUGCCCACACUCCUCCCCAGAGCCCACCCCAAUGGUGAAGUUUUUUGUUAUCGAAAU